GUUGGCUCAACGCCCAGUCUACUUCUCCAGUGCUCGACUUAUAUUUCAAUUCUCACUCGACUGGACCUCAUAAUGGCUCGAGUGUCUUCCAGAGAAGGUCAGGUGUAUGCAAACAAUUGGAAGAGUCCAGCCAUUAACCUAGUCACCUGAUUCUAUAUUCUCUAGAGACGACAACCUAAAUGUGAUCACACACAGAUCCACUCACCCCGCGGAUCAUUCAACUGUCUUCAAUCCCCCGCUGAGAGCCAAUCUCCAGGUUCCCACUCCUGGAAUACAGAGUCUACCAAACUAUCAAGAUUAUGAAGACAGGAACUUACCUAGUAACAUAGGGCUUAGCGCUUACGCCCGCUAAAGUCAAGCAGUCUGACUAAGGCCAGGAUGUGAACCCCAGAAGGAAGACCAACGGUCGACUACACACUACAUCCUCUUCCCCUCCGCGAUGGUCAAAAAACCCUCGCUCCGGCGCAGCUGCGCCUACUGUCGCGCCCGGAAGAUCGCCUGUUCAGGGGGACGCAUUUGCACCGCCUGCCGCGACCGCUCCAUCGAAUGUGUCUACGACCUAGAAACAGCCAAGGGCCGUCGUCCGCGUCCGAAGAAGACGACGACAUCUGCUCAGCCCACGUCUACGGCCGGUUCUGCAGGCCAGAAUUCUCGGAUGUUGGAGGAAGGGCAGACGGGCGAAGAAGUCCGUCCCAACUCCACGACAAGCCCUAACACGAAUCUGGGGGUAGAGCUGGAUGCGAUGUUUCGCGAGAACUUCAGCGAUGGUCCCACGGCGCCUGCUCCAUCAAAUUUGUUCCAUGAUAGAGUGGCUACCUUUAAUCGGCGGUUAGCUUCGGGGAGAGUAUCUGGUGUCCAGGGCCAGGGGCGGCCGUCUGUCCCUGUGGGAAGUCUCAGUUAUGCCGGGUUCUUGGCUCUCUUGAUGCAGGAUUUGGUCGAGACGGUGGUCGGGAAGUUUGGUGUGCUGGGUUGUCAUCCUUUUUUUGGGGUUGGGGAACGGUAUUUUCGCGCUUGUAUGCUGCUGGAUUCUUCUAGGACAAUGUUUGAUCAUCCGUCCCCCUCCAUAGAGUCGGAUGUUCUGGCUGAAUACACUCCGCAUCUCAUCGCCCAGUAUCUCGAGGUCUGGUUUGGCAACCAUCCCUUAUCUAUUCUCAUCUCCAAAUCCCUGCUUCUCCGCGACCUGCGCAGCCGAGCAGCUAAUCGGGUCUUGCUAGCAAUCCUGCUCGCGGAUGCCCAUCACUUUACUGAUGAUUCCGACAAGGGAGAUGUCCUGCUGCGAUGGGCCAUCUCUCAACUACCGAGUAUUUCCUCAGACAAGGCCAAGCCGGAACUAUCUACAGCGCAGAUCGCGCUACUGCUAGGCUGGUAUCACGUCUGCCGCGGGUCUUCGCGCCGGGCACUAUGCUACACGGGCUACGCGUGCCGGGUCAUCACCAAACUGAAGUCCCAGCUGCACGAGUCGCCUGUGACCCGACAACCCCACGCGCACAUCAACGGUAUCGACCAGGGCGUAGUCGAGGCGGAGCUGAUCCACAAUAUCUGCUGGGUGGUGCUAGCGCUGACCGUAUGGUCCUUCCUGCAAAUGGACAUGCCUCUCGCGGAUAUCCUGCCCGCGCGGCUAAUGCAGACGCUCCCAGCCAGCAGCGAGCCCGAGUCGAGCAUCUUACAACUCGACCGCGCAACAUGUAACCUCUCCACCCUGAAACCGCAACUCUCCUCCCUGCAAUCCAUCUGGCUGCUCGCGCACAUCACCUCGCUAUCCACCCACCUGUACGCCCUAUACCCCCCGCCCCCGCGCACUCCGCCCGCGCCGCAACCGUGGCAGCAACGCAUCCAGCGCCAGCUCAAUAACCUCUUACACCGCGGGCGCAGCCUGCCGCAGGUCUGCACUGAUGCCAGAGAAGCUUUGCGAAACGUUAUCGCGAUCGUAGAGCAGGAAUCGAUAGAGGAAUGCGGGAGGGCUGGAUUGCUUGCCUCCUAUCAGGCUGUCGCCCUGCAUCUACUGUUUCCCCGUGACACAUUACAAACUUUGGGAUUGACCGAACAGCUCAUUCAAGACCUCGUCACCACUAUGCAGGACCUGGAACAACUCUUUCCGGCCAUCCAGGCAACCGCGCGGCAUGACCCAGUGGCUAGCACGAGGUCGCCCUCGCUCCAUUUCUAUAUUCUGGGCCUAGACGCCCUCGGCCGAGCCCUCAUACACGUCCUCACUCUGUGGGACCGCGCCCCGAAGGCAGAGCAACAAGCCUGGCGGGACCGAUUGAUAGGGUUGCUGGAAGGAGCGCAAGCGAUGCAGGAUCUGUUCAAGCGUGAUACGCUGCUGCAGGACCAUCGCUGGCGGUUGGUGAAACGUCUGCUGAAGACCGCUUGUAGGGGUCUCGGGGAGGUGGUCGCUGGAUGCCCUGCGCUGUCUUCGCAGAGCUCUUCCGCGGGAGGGAUGGGUCUCAUCACAGAUAUCCCCAACAAUGAAUCAAUGCCGUCCCCGCAGAUAGCGCAGGAUACGGACCCCAGCUGGGCGGAAUGGCUCCAGGACUCCGCCACGGUCCAGGGUGAAGGGCUCCAGGACUCCGUUCCGAGCCAGGGUGAAGCGGCGAUCGAUCCGCCCGGCUUCAGCUUCGGGUUCGACUUCGCGUCUUUGAUCGCUGACCCCGUGCCAUCCUGGCCUUAAAAAAAGUAUAUAUCUCAAAGAAAGACAACGAGGACUAUCGUAAGACUAGGAAGGAGCUGAAAGAUCAAAGAGAGGGGCCAUCAUCUAAAUGUGCGCACCUCAGUGGAAACAAGUGUUCUAUUUCUCCAUCGAAUCGAGAAGCAGAUCAUCCUACAAAUCUCGGUUCUCGGACUCGGUCAAGAAGCCACCAAGGAGCAUACGUUUUCGAGUGAAACGCCCUCCGGAAGGUACUGUACAUCUCCUCAAGCGAUGCCAGGCAGUUCGUGCACCUACCAGCUUCAUAGUAAUCGGGGUAUAGAAGCCACUGUAUUUCCCAGUCGAACAACAGCAUCUGACGCGCGAAAGGGGCAUGCUCGAAUGUCAUCGUCAUCACCACCACUGCCAGUGCGUGAUGCUGGGAGACAUCCCGGGGGAGAACCCCCGGACCCCCC